AUGAUCAUGAAGCUCAACAGUCAAGAAAAGAAGGAACUCGACAAAUUCACGAAAUUUCUCGCUUUGAAGUCUACUCAAAUCAUUGUUCAGUCCAGGCUUGGAGAAAAAGUAUCAACAGCUUGCAAACCACAAACUACUGGAACUGAUUGGUCCAUUCUAUUUCAGUUCAAUCUCAACAUUAAUGACAUACCAGAAGUGUUGGUUGAAGGAAAAAAGAUAUUAAAUGGAGAAGUUCUAUCCUCCCGUUUGCCCUUGUGCAUUGAAAUCUCUUUACGCACAGUUGAGGGUGAUCAUAUGGUUCUGGAAACUUGGUAUUUGAGCUUAUCUCCAGAACAGUGUGACCCCACAGCCAGGAUAAUUCAUACCAUUUACAACCAUAUGGGAAUCUUGUUGAAAUCCUUGGUUUCUGUAUCAAGGGUUAUUCCUGCCUAUAAGCUAUCUCGACGCCAAGGUCCAGAGUCAUUUGUUAUUUGCUAUAGAAUGUAUAUGGGGGAGCCUCUACAACAAUGUCUGGGUGAAGGUUUCAAAAACAUUUGUGUGGGGCAAGUUUGCACCCCACUUGGAACUUUUGCAUUGUCAGUUUCUUACCGCACAAAGAUGACAAUUUCUCCAACACAAACUGGCAGGGACAACUCAAUCAUGCUAAAGAGUGAUCAUUUCAACACACAUGUAUGCACUCAAAUUGGGGAACAAGAAGAAAAGGAUAAUACAUCAUCAUUGAGUGACAUAAUGAAAAUUGGAGCAUUUGCAGACCUGAAAAAAAAGACCCUUGAAUAUGAUAUGAUGAUGCCAAGCCCACCUUUCAGUAAAAUUUUCAAAGAAAAACUGUCUCCCAAUAAGUGCCCUGUAUUCCCUGAAGCAGUCAACAAAGAAAUGGAAAAUAGUGAAAAAUAUAUUGAUUCAUCUGCUUCCACACAUACUCUGGAAGCAAGAAUGGAUUCUCUCACCAUGGUAUCUACCAAUGAUGAUUUCAUCAUGGUUGAUUUGAAAACACCGUUUGCCAACACGAACGAAAAGAGCGAGCUGGGCAAGUUCUACAGGGAGUGGCAGAGUGCACCACCGUUGCAGGCCUUCGUUGACGUCACACCUCCAGAAGAACUGGACGUCGCCAAACAGCUGGCAACGUUCGAAUCGAGCCUAAACGAAUACGAUUCCGUUGUUCAGUCACUUUGUUCGUCGGUAAAUAACAGUUGA